CGGCGUAGCUUUAUUUAACUGCGCGUCUGCUACACUGCGGCGAUGUGUCUUCGCCAAGUCGAUAGAUGUCUCUAAGCGCGGCAGCGUGGCCUAGUUGGCCUAGUUCAUAAGACUCUGUACAUGCGAGUUCACGGAAAUCUGCGUUUUGCUGGUGCUAAAUCUCAACCUAUAGUACUGUACAUAACGGGAGUGCGGUAAGCCAUCAUGGGAAAAGACAGGAAGACCAAAAAGGACAAACUAGACGAUGAUGACACCUUGGUGCAGGACAUGGACAGUCUCACCAUUACUGACAAAGGAGGUGCCAAGAAAAAGGUUGACACCAGUGGUGAUGGCCUCAACGAUGAAGUGCCUGUCCGUAAAGGCAAGGCCAAGAAAGGGGCCAACAAGCUAGAUGACAGUGACGACGACGAGCCAGCUAAGCCUGCCAAAGGUCAAGCAGGUAAAAAGGCGAAGGGCAAGAAGGGUCGUGGUGACAAUGAUGGUGACUGGGACGAUGACGAUGCUAAGCCGGCUGCUACGAACAAGAACGCGAAGGGAAAGCGCUUUGAUGACAGUGACGAGGAGGAAGAAGCUGCAAAGCCGGCCGCAAAGACGAAGAAGGGAAAGAAGAAGGUAGCUGACGACAGUGACAAUGAAGUUGAGCCUGCCAAACCUGUGCAAAAGGGAAAGAAGGGCAAGAAAAAAGGUGGGGAUGAUAGUGAGGAGGACGAGGAGGUCACCAAGCCUGCCAAGGGAAAGAAAGGAAAGAAGAAGGGAGAUGACAGUGAAGACGAGGACGAGCCUGUUAAACCGGCGAAAGGAAAGAAGGGAAGGAAGAAAGGAGGGGACGACAGCGACGAUGAGAACGAAGAAGAGUCGAAGCCGGCCAAAGGCAAGAAAGGCAGGAGAAAGGAAGAUGAUAGUGAUGAGGAUGAUGAUUUGAAACUAGCCACUAAGGGAAAGAAAGGGAAAAAGAAGGCAGGAGAGGAGAGUGACGACGAGGACGACGUCAAGCCCGCCAAGGGCAAGAAAGGAAAGAAGAUGGCAGUCGGUGAUGAAAGUGACGACGAUGAAGAGGUCAAGCAGCCCACUAAAGGGAAGAAGGGGAAAAAGAAAGGACGAGAGUGCUCCAAGAAAAAGAUGGGUGGUUUUGCACUCCUCGAUGUUGGAGACGAUGAUGAUGUGAAGGAUGCGGACAGUGCAAAGGAAGAUGUUGAAGAGCAAGAAGAGAAGGUUGUGAAAGAGGAGAAGAAAGAGAAAAAGAAGAAGGAAAAGAAGAAAAAGAAAAAUCAGGAUGACGAUGAGCUUGAGAAGAUGCUGGAAGAGCUCACAUUGGAAAUUGAAGGCAAGAAACCGCCGCCUACCAAGGAGUCUCUGGCUGCCGCUGCUGCUGCAAGUGGUCAGGAAGGGGAAGAGGGUGAAGCCAAGGAGGCUGCAACUAGCAAAAAGAAGAAGAAAAAAGACAAAAAGGCUGCUGCUGCUGCUGCUCUGGAGGAGCCUUUAGAAGGGGCCGAGGAGGCCAAGGAGGUCAAGGACGAGGCAGCCGCGCCAGCUGCAGAGUCAAAGAAGGCCAAAAAGAAAAAGAAAGACGCGGCUAAAAAAGAAGCCGAAGCUGCCACCCCAGUUGCCAGCAAGGAGGCCACACCAGCGCCUGCGGAUGGGGAGGAAGCUGCUCCCAUGGAAGGGGUCGAAGGUGCUGAAGAAGAAGUGGGCGAUGGUAAGAAGAAAAAGAAGAAGAAAGAUGAAGAUGACAAGAAGAAGACAAAAAAACCAGGCUCCAAGCAGAUUGCUGCCAUUCAAGAACACCUGAGGAAACUCAAGGAGGAAGAAGAGCGGAGGAAAAAAGAGGAGGAGGAGAAAAUCAAAGCCGAGGAGGAAGCUGAACGGUUGCGAGAGGAGAAGCUGAAACAGGAGCAGGAACGCAAAGAGCGCAAGAAGCAGAAGGAGAAGGAGCGGCGGGAGCGAGCCAAGGCUGAGGGGCGGCUGCUCACCAAGGCACAGAAGAUGGCACGGGCCCGCAUGGAAGCCACGCUCAAGACGCUCAAGGAGCAGGGUAUCGAGGUGCCGCAGAUAGGAGAGAAGAAGGAGAAGACGACUCGCACAAUGGACCGCCGCAACAGGAACCAACGCAAGAAGCCCGAGGAAGAAGAGAGGAAAGCUGAGGAGACUGUUCCACAAGUACAGCUGGAAAUUUUGGGACCAGACACCACAACGACUACCGAGCAAAAUGAGCAGCAGAAGGAGAUGUCACCCACAGAGCCACCUGUUGAGGAGGAAGACGAUGUGAAGGACGCCUGGGAUGAGACCUCGUCUGAAGAGGAAGAUGACGAAGAAGAAACAAUCGAAGAGAAGAUGAAAAUGGACAUUAAGGUGCAGGUCAAGACCGCAGCACCCAAGAAAAUUGAGCCCUCGAAGAAGACCCCCCAGCCGGCUAAGAAGCGGGAUGAAUCUUCUUCCUCGGAGUCUGACGACGACGAGUCUUCGUCUGAGGAGUCCUCCCGAGGUUGCAGAAACAAAGAGAGGAAGCAGGAGAAAAAGCGUUCAGUGGACAAUCUUCGGUCACCUGUCAUUUGCGUACUUGGGCAUGUAGACACAGGCAAAACAAAGAUCUUGGACCAGAUUCGGCAUACUCAUGUUCAGGACAGUGAAGCUGGUGGAAUCACUCAGCAGAUUGGUGCUACCAUGGUUCCUCUGGAUGCCAUCAAGGAACAGUGCAAGAUGGUCAAAGAGUUUUCGAACAAGGCCUUGAAGAUUCCUGGACUCCUGAUUAUUGACACUCCCGGGCACGAGUCAUUCAGCAACCUGCGUUCGCGUGGCUCAUCACUGUGUGACAUGGCGAUCCUGGUGGUCGACCUGAUGCAUGGACUCGAGCCGCAGACGAUCGAGUCGCUGAACAUGCUGCGCUCUCGCAAGACGCCUUUUGUGGUGGCAUUGAACAAGGUGGACCGGCUGUAUGACUGGAAGGGCAACCGCAACAAGGACAUCACAGAUGUGCUCAAGGCUCAGUCACGAAACACUCGUCUUGAAUUCGAGGAGCGCACUCGUGAGGUUGUCCUCCAGUUUGCUGAACAGGGCCUCAAUGCUGCUCUGUUCCACGAGAACAAGGACUUGAAGUCCUUUGUCUCCCUAGUGCCCACCUCUGCCCUGAGUGGUGAUGGCAUGGGCAACCUCAUCAGCCUCAUUGUCGACCUCACGCAGAACAUGAUGGCCAAGCGCAUAUCCUUCUCAGAAGAACUCCAAGCCACCGUCUUGGAGGUGAAAGCCAUUCCCGGCUUGGGCACGACAAUCGAUGUGAUUCUGGUGAAUGGCACCCUGCGCGAGGGUGACACCAUGGUGCUUGCCGGCCACGAGGGCCCCUUUACGACACCCAUCCGAUCAUUGCUCAUGCCUCAACCGCUGAAGGAGUUGAGGGUGAAGAACCCCUACCAAGAGUACAAGGAAGUGAAGGGCGCCCAGGGAGUGAAGAUUGCAGCCAAGGACUUGGAUAAGGCUAUUGCGGGCCUACAGGUCCUGAUCGCCAAGCAUGCCGACGAGGUUGAAGUGCUCAAGGAAGAAGUUGCUCGUGCACUGAAGGAGGUGAUGAGUGGCUUCAAGCUAGCUGAACGAGGCGUAUACGUCCAGGCAUCAACACUAGGUUCUUUAGAAGCGUUACUCGAGUUUCUUAGGGUUUCUAAAAUUCCAUAUUCUGGCAUCAGGAUAGGUCCUGUUGUCAAAAAGGAUGUCAUGAAGGCUUCAAUCAUGUUGGAACAUGACACCCAGUAUGCUGUGAUCUUGGCUUUCGACGUGAAGAUAGAGCGCGAUGCGCAAGACUUGGCCGACUCCCUUGGAGUGAAAAUCUUCCAGGCUGACAUCAUUUACCACUUGUUCGACAAGUUCACUGCCUACAGGGAAGAGCUGCGUCAGAAGAAACGCGAGGAGUUCAAGUCCGUCGCCGUGUUCCCGUGCAAACUGCGCAUUCUGCCCCAGUUUGUGUUCAAUUCACGUGACCCCAUCGUUGUUGGUGUGUCUGUCGAAGCUGGCAUCGUCAAAGAAGGCACACCACUCUGUGUUCCCUCAAAGGAGUUCCUGGACAUUGGCAUAGUGACUACCAUCGAAGUGAACCACAAGCCUAUCGAAACUGCUCGGAAAGGCCAAGAAGUCUGCAUUAAGAUUGAGCCCCUCGGUGGAGAGGCUCCGAAGAUGUAUGGCCGGCAUUUUGACCACACCGACUUCCUCGUUAGCAAGAUAUCACGUGCUUCGAUAGACGCCUGCAAGGAGUACUUCCGCGAUGACCUCGUCAAAACGGACUGGCAGCUCAUGGUAGAACUGAAGAAAUUGUUCCAGAUUCUAUGAUCACUGUGAAUUGACGUACAAGUGCACGCUCGAGGCACUUAUGUCCCGCCCAUCAUCCCCAUCUGAGCCGACUGACGAGCGCUCAAGACCACCAGAUGAAAAGACGAGACUCGUACGGACUGCCUGCCUGCCUGCCAACGGCAGUUACAAGCGCUGUGUGGCAGUUGUGAUUUCAGAAGUGGCCAAAGGGACCGUUCUUUUGUUUCGACUUACAGCAACAGUGACUGUGACUGUAAUUAGAUUGCAGUUGAAAACAGAGUACUACAGCCCAGCUGCCUCGUAGCACCAUGCGACAGUGUCGGCGACGUGGAAGACUCGCGCGGCAGAGAAAGCGGUCAGCAUAAGUGGAGCGCAACUUUCGGUAAGCAAGGUGCGAGACUUAAUGAGACCAUUGUUCUUGCAAAUUGUUUGUUGAACUUUUUGUAUAACAGCCACACGCAUAGCCUCGCUGUUACAUUCACAAGGGUGGCAGACAUGCAUAUUUAUGGAAAGCCUGGGUAGUGAUUCUUUACUGGGAUGGUUUCAUAUGUAUUUCUUACCUAACUUAAAAACCUUGAAAAGCCUCCUUGUUGAUGCAACAGUUGCAUUUUCAUCAAGUGAAAUGUAACAGAGUAAUAGUAAGGAGACAAAAAAAAAAAAAAAACAAGAAACAUUGCUACAAUGGACAUGUUGCAAUGGACAUUGCUACAUGUUGUUUCAAGUGUUGUCUCGUCUUAGCCCGUAUGUUUUUGUCAAUUCUGUUGCAUUGUCGCAUCUGUGGCUACCCAAAUGUCUUAGACAUUUCGAUAUUUUUCUUUCCUUAAAACAAUUACAUGGCGAGCAUAUGUUUCUGCGUUACAGUAUUCACCUUUUACACGCUGUUAUUUUUUUGUCUCCAGCUGGGUGAAUGGAAUUUUGGCCAAACGCUCCUCCUUUGUUUUCUCCAUCUUUGUGAAAUGUAGCGGCCAUCCGCUGUGUGGUUUGCAACGUAGAGGUGGGAAGCCACUUUGCGAUUUAGGACAUGGAUUUUAAACAAUGUACUUGAAUGACCAUGCUAGCACUCACAAUAUACUUGUAAAAGCGUAAAUUUCCUGGUUCUCUGUGGAAUUCGGUAAAGCAGAAAUGCUUUUAAAACCCCGUUUUAUGGUUGUUAGCAUUGAAGAAAGCGAUUGUUAAGUUUUUUUGUUUAUGUUGCAAGCUCCAGAUGCCUAGUUGAAGUUGGCAGUUCCGUAACAAAUAUAGUUAAAAUAGGAUUUUAAUUUAAAGAUCAUGAGGUUUCAUAUAGUUCUAAAGCACUUCGUCCGUGCCACUUCUAUUGAGUAAACGAAUGGAUUAGCAUUCAAAAGGAGACAUCAGAUUGAAUCCUGCUGAAAAAUGUGUUGAGAAAAUUGUUGCUCUAAAGGUGAGCGAUAUGUUUUGGAAGCAUGCGAAUAAAUUCUCUCAUUCUUUUGCAAGUUUAC